AUGACGGUGCCGUUCGACAACCUGUUGUGCCAUCACUCCAUCGACGACUUCCGAAACAGAGUCUACUCCACGCUCUACUCCAUGAUCAGCAUUAUGGGCUUUGUUGGCAACAGCGUUGUGCUGUACGUCCUCAUAAAAACAUACCGGCAGAAGACAGCCUUCCAAGUGUACAUGAUGAACCUUGCUGUGUCCGACCUCCUCUGCGUGUGCACCCUGCCCCUGCGCGUCACCUACUACGUCAAUAAAGGGAACUGGUUCUUCAAUGACUUUCUAUGCAGGCUCAGUUCGUACACGCUGUAUGUCAACCUGUAUUGCAGCAUUUUUUUCAUGACUGCAAUGAGCUUCUUCCGUUGCGUAGCCAUUGUUUUUCCGGUCCGGAACAUCAAUUUGGUAACGGAGAAGAAGGCUAAAUUUGUCUCCUUUGGCAUCUGGAUUUUUGUCGCCCUGACAAGUGCUCCCUUUCUGCAAAAUGGGACAUACCAACAUGGCAACAAGACCAAGUGCUUUGAACCCCCAGAAAACUCUCAGAAGAAAAAUCUAGUGGUGAUCCUGGAUUUUAUUGCCCUAUUUGUGGGUUUCAUUUUUCCCUUUAUCGUCAUAACGAUCUGCUACACCAUGAUCAUAAGGACCUUACUGAAAAAUUCCUUCAAGAAGAACCAGGCUAACCGCAAGAAGGCGGUCUGGAUGAUCAUCAUCGUGACUGCCACCUUCCUGAUCAGCUUCACCCCGUACCACAUUCUGCGUACAGUCUACCUCCACGUGCUGCGGCUGAAGAACACCAGCUGCGAGGACACCAUAUACCUACAGAAACUGGUUGUGGUAACGCUCCCCUUGGCAGCUUCCAACUGCUGCUUUGACCCACUUCUCUAUUUCUUCUCAGGGGACAACUUUCGGAAGAGACUUACCACGUUUAGGAAGGGUUCUUCCUCCAGCUUAACGCAAGCCUUCAGGAAGAAGUUCUCCAUAAAAGACAAAGAUGAGGAACCUUUUUAA